UAUAGUCUUCAAUUGCUUAAUAAGGUGGUUUAGUAUUUUCCCUUUAUGAAAAAAACAGUUGUGUCAUUUUAACACGUUUCUCAAAAUAUGUAUAUUGAAUAUGCGAUUGGUGUGAUCUAUACAUACGAUGAUUCUGAUAUUGAAAAAUGAUUUUCAAAUGUAAAAGGGAUGCUUUGGAUCAAUGAUGAUAUUGGUAACUUCCAAUUCUGAUUCUGGGGAGGGGUUAGGAUGUGAACAAAAAUGUUGUCAUGUUUUUUUAUUUGUUAAAACAAUUGAAACAGUUUUAGUAAAAAAACAAACAAACAAUUGAAACAGUAGUAUAUAUAUGUAUGUGUGUGUGGUGACAAAAACUUGAAACUUUCUUCAUUCUAUCUCUCUCUUUUCCUAAAAAGACAUGGAAACUUCACAAAACACCAAUCUCCAAAACCCUAAACCCACAAAGCCAUUUCAUCGUUGCCUAGAAGAAGAAAAAGAAGAAGCACACUCUCUCCUAAAUCUUCCCCUCAACGCCGAGAAACCCAAUUCCACCGCCGCCACAACCACCACUGAAGACCAACGUAAACGUUCAAUAGAGCUUUUUGAGUUCCUUACCUCAACCACCAACUAUUGUUCUCCCGCAGAAAACAUAAUCUUCGGCGGCAAAAUCAUCCCCUUAAAUUACCAAAACGCCAUCCUUACCUCUCCCGAAUACAUUCGCCCUCGCAUAAGCACAAGAUCCGAGUCCUUAUCCGCUAUACAAGGCAACAAGCUUAACCGUCCCGUGGCACGUGACAAUGCAAGACCCAUGAGGAUAAGCCGUUCUCUAGAUCAUCGCAACCUCACACGUGGAUCAACAGCCGCACGUGGAAAUGCUUCUCCGACAAAAAGUACGACAAAGCCAGAAACGGUCUCUUCGGGAAAUAGAAAAAGUGUUAAACCGAGAUGGUAUGUGAUCAUGUUUGGACUGGUUAAGUUCCCGCCGGAGGCCGAGCUGAGGAAUAUAAAGAGCCGUCAGGUUCGCCGGAAUGUUCCACCGGUUAUGUUCCCGUCUCCUGCUGACCGGAGGCCUCGUAGAACUCGAGGGUCCUCACCGUCUCCUUAUUGGAGGUUUCUCAACGCCUUGAGUUGCGAGGAGCCCACAAGUGUCGCUGCAACGACACCGCUUUGGCUUCCACAUGCUUAAAUUACUGUAUUAUCCCUAAGAAGUAAGAACUAUAAACCAUUGUGUGUGGCUACUACGUACUUGCUUUGUCGUCGACUGAGAAGGAGAUAAUCGUCAUUUACUAUAAGAUAAAACGAUAUUGUAACUUAUUUUGUGCAAGAAAUGUCGAUAUUGUAAGUUAUUUUGUUAAUCAAUAUUGAUAGUAGUUUGGACCAUAACAUACCUUUUUCUUUAUGUUGUAUACAUUUUUUUUUCUUUUUUUUCUUUUGUAUUUAAGCUCAUUUUGUUUGAAUAUUUGAAUACAAAAUCGUUUAAAUUUUUAUAAAA